AUGGCUAAGCGUAUUAUCCGCCGACUUCUCUACAUCGCCGUACCAACCGCGGCAGCAUCAUACGGUGUCCACCUGGGCCUAAACCACCUAGAAGAAAAAUACCCCAGCCUGCCACCGAAAGCAGCCAGCAGCAAAGCGCUCAGAACACCAGACAACCCAUGUACGCAACUUUGCGCAUAUACAGAUAUCUAUGCAGCUCGCGUCCCCGUCUCCGCUCUCCAAGCUCGCACUCGCGCACUCGGCGCAACAACAGAAAAGUCCGCGCUUGAAGAUGCCUGGGCUCAAACUCUGCUUCAAAAUCCUAUUUUAAAAAUCGAGGCAUCGCUAGCGGGACUGGCUACGCGCGCAAGGUACGAGGCGGGUGAUCUGGGUGAUUCGGAGAAUGGGUUCGCUCCUUAUAAUACCGGUGCGCCGCGGGAGUUAAUGAAUGGAAUAUUUGUUGUUCGGCGCGCGUUCUUGAGGGAGAAUGAUGGUAAUGGGCUGCUGCUUUCGUGGAAGGUUCCUGACAAUGUGCGACUUUCCUUUGAGAAGAUGGCUGCGUGGGGAUAUCCGUGGCGACUUAUGUCUGGUGGUCGACAUGAGUUUAGUGUCUCAGAGCCGUUUGAGGUGAAGGGGGAAGGACGGGUUGUUGAGGUCCGAUUCGCGUCCACACAUGACUAUGAGAUUGUUGAAAGUGAGGGUGAUCAGCAGAAGAUUAUUCCUGCUUGGACGUUAAGGAUUCAUCGUGGGUAUGCGAGACUUUUACUUGAUAUGUCUGCCCGGGAGUUGCAGGCAAGUAAUUAG